UCAAACCGCGACGAUAGUGGAGAAAGGAGAAGAUUAAAAUUUACUCUUGUUUCUCAAAGAAAGGAGGAGAGAGAGAGAGAGAGAGAGAGCCGGAAAGAGGAAAGACGCGGAGGAUCGGCGAAAGCGAGUGGAUUGGCGUCGGAGAUAAGGAAUUGUUUCGAAAGGAAGAACACACGGAAGGAAUCUCUCUCGUUCCACCUCUUUCUUUAUAGUUCAGCCUUGGAAGAAGAAGAGAAGAAGAUAGAGAUUUGGGAAGGAGAAAAGAAGGAAGGUGAGAGAUCUUUUCGAAGGAGGAAGGAGAGAAGAAAACAGGAAGGAAGGGAGGAAGGAGCGUGUGCCGUGGCCUCGGUUGGAUCCAGGUAUUGAAACCCUAGCUCUUGAUUUCUCUAUGUUUUUAGGUUGUUUUAGCCCAUCGUCAUCUCUCGACUCGCCAUGGGAAGGGCUGGGGUUCUGCUGCUCCGAUCGCCAAGGAAUUCACCAGCUUUGCUCCCUUUUUCUGGGAAUCGGAGCUGGUUUUGGAUCUUUGACAACAGGAUGGCAGAGGAUCAUGGCAGAUGGAGACUAGGGUUGGACUUUGUGUGGAAUUCGGGGCGCCGAUCGUUAGAUCCAUCCCUUUGAAGACGGUGGAGUUUUGCACAUCUUGGCUUGAAAUCAGAUUCCAUGGUUUCUGGUUAGAGAUCUUUUGACCCGAUCUCAUCCGUGAUGAAGGAAGAAGAGACGUUACUGUGAUCGUCCUCGUCGAUUUAUAGGUCUUGGCUUGGACUUGGAUCUGCUAUCCAUGUCUUCUUCCUUGUCUUUAUGGCUGCCUCGGUUAUAAAGGGAGCAUAGCUGCUGUAUUGGCUGAGGAGAGUGGCAUCCUUGCUUCUUCUCGGACUGCCUUCGGUUUAUUACUAGAUUGUUUUAGGGUUUUGACGGGUUAAUUACUUCUUGGAGUGCCUUCACUUGUUUCAUCGUCAUCCAAGUUUAUUUUCUGUUGCUUCUGCUAAUAGCCUUAAAAUCUGGGAUGCUUUUGGGGUUUCCCUUUGUUUUGAAGGGAUGGAGGUUGUUGGCUUGAGACUGGAUUAGGGCAUCUGGUGACCCUUGCUCCUUCAUUGCAGUGAUUCUUCUUUGCUGCUUUAAGUUUUUGAUCAGAUGAUCUUUGGCAGAGGAGGACGUUUUGGUAUUUUUUCGAUCCAAGAUUUAGUGCUCAGGGGAUUUUCCUUACUUGGCAUACACCUUAUUAGCUAUGGUUGAAAUCCUAGGUACAGUGGUGCUAGGCAGUUGAUCUCUUGAGAGGUGAAUGAUUAUCCGUCCUCUGAAUAAUUAUCUGUGCUCUGGUGGAGACUGGCAAGAGUAUGGAAUGGGGGAACCCUUACUGCCUUUUCUUGUCUGUGUUGUCGCCCUGCCAAUUUUUGGAGGAGUGAUGAUAGAUUUUGUACUGUGCCUGUGUGCUUGAAAGUUUUAGUUUGACACUGUUAAUCUGGCUCCAUAGUUGUUGUUUUCUGAAUCUGCACUGAAGGAAGAGAUGCAGGCAUGCCUAUAAGGCUGGUUAACAUGAUCAGCCUCAAGAGGCGGUCUCAUGUUGAUUUGGAUCUGGCGAUGUGAUUGAUAGCAUCUAGUCUUUUACUUCAUCUUGGGAAGCAAGAAGAUGAGGGAUCUGAGUCAAUGAUUCGUUUGUGUACUUGUACUAGAGGUUCCCCCUCUGCUCUUGAAUAUCCUAAUCACCGAGAAGGAUCAAAUACCUGCAAGAGCUGUGGUGGCAGAUUAGCAGUUGAUAGGCAAGGAUCCCUGUCAGGAAACAUGCUGAGCACCGUUGGACUGGAACUAUCAAGAGUUAUCGAUCCUCACUUGAACUGGAAGACGGCUUCUAAAGGCAGGCAAAGGGCUGUAAGACGAGCUAGGACUUCAUUUCCUGGGGGAAACAAAAAGAAGUCUACUAACAAAAGUUUGAAGGACAGUGAGGAUGCUGCUGAUAAAGAAUUAAAGAGAGCGGGGGACAUUCCAGUUUCUGAAUCGGAGAAGCUUGGUGUAAGUAUUCUUGGACGACGCUUUGGUGAUGCUUUAGAAAGUGUUCCAAUAAAGAAAAGAAGAUUUUUGUUAGUCCGUUCUCCAUCACCACCACCCAAACCAUCUCAUUCUGAUGACUCUGAUCACAUGGAAGAGACCCAGUGUGCUUCAUAUCAAAGGACUGCAUCAUAUUCAAAACAACAUCAAGAAAUAUCCAUUGGUGAUGAUAAAACUGGUUUAAAGGAUUUUAAUGAAGAGAUUUCUGAUGCUGUGGAUUUCUCUGGUAUUUCAAUAUUGGCUGCUGCUGCUUGUGACAGUGACAUGACGUGUGACAGCAUGAAUCCUGAAGGUUUAGUUUUUAAUGGACAUGGUUUUAAAGCAGAUGACCUUUUAGGAAGCUCCCCUUGUGUUGAAUCACAUUCCUUAUUUGAAGUAACAAAGAAUCAACAGCUUCAGCACAGUUCUGAAGAUUUGCAUGGUAAAUCUGAGAUACAUCUGGAAGCAUCUUCUACCUUAGAGUUGCCUUGUAAGGGAUCAGACAGAAUGAAAUUGGAUGAAUCACAUGAUGCAGAAAACUCUAUUGAGACCUUGCAAAAUUUUCCAGACAAGACGGGGACAGAACAUUCUUCCCAUGAUUCUAGAUUUCACUGGGAUCUGAACACUGUGAUGGAUGCAUGGGAGAGUAAUUGUGAUGUAGUCAUGAAUUCCAAGCCAGUUGCUCCUGCUGUUGUUGGCGAAAAUGGUAUUCAUAACGAAAAUCUGGAAAACAUUGAAACUUCUCGAUGCGACAUGGAGUGUGGAGAUGCCAAACAUGCUCCUGAACUUGUUGACGCCAGAAUUCAGGUAGGUGACAUACCUAAAAUUGAUUAUAGAUUACUGGAUACUGAAGUGCAAGACAUACCUGGUGCCAAGGAUAACUCUGUUGUAGAUCAUGACUGUUGCUCUGUUCCUUGUGCCGAUGGUUUGGUCCUAGAGGAGCAUCAGUUGGACAAAGCCUCAGUUGCUGUGGUGGGUUCUGUCGAGGAAACAAAACUUUUGCAUAAUCAGGAGAUGGGCAGCUGCACAGUAAAAAUUUCUUCUUCUCUAGCUGGAGGUGUUACGGGUUCAUUAGGGGACCCUUUGGUGACUGAGGUGGUGCAGAAAGAAAAGGACAAUGUCUACUUUGGCUCUGAGGUGGAAGCGGAAACCUCAUCUUCUCAUCUGGUUUCCAGUGUGAAUGUGAGCUGUGGCUAUUUAACUCCAUCUGAAUCGAAUCCCAAAGUGGACUUAAUCAAUACCCCAACCUUGGAGGAAGACAGAAAUCCAGCAUCUUUAGCUUAUCUUGAUAACUUCUCUGUUGAUGGUUGCCUGACUGAUGCUAGAAUGGGGCAAUCCACUCAGAUAAGCAGUUCUCAAGUUGAGAAGGAUGGGUGUUUUCCUCAUGAUUCUCAGAGUGGCAACACUGAUCAGUGUCACACUGUUAGUCCUCCUACUGAAAAAGCCUCUGAUGGAAAUAUCUGUGCAAAUGCAAUAAAUGCGGGUGACUUACCCAGUGAACUUUUGAGCCCUGAUGGUAUAGGUGAAACUGAAUCUGAUCGUGCUGAUAAGGCCCGUGAAGCAGAAAUAAGCCCUUGCCUAUCAAAUUCUCAUCCUCAGGAUAGGCAAGGUUCAUCUAAUCAGGAUGAGCUUUCUUCCAUAAGCACAAUUGCUGGUGAAUAUGAAACAACUGCUGCAAAGUUGAAGAUGGACAAUGAUAAAGUUUCUGUGGAAUCUGAUGUUGAUUUGGCUGCCACCAUAACUCAUACAUCUGUUCAUAUCGUCUCCAACACUUCUGACUGCAAAUCAGCAGGUGUGGUGCCUGAAGUGAUUGAUGCCUCUACCUUGGAUUGUCCUGUAAGUUCCCAUAAAGCAAGUAAAUACCAUAUGGAUGGUUUUGUGAAUGGCCCUGCUGAGGCUGCUUUAGGUGAUCGUUUUGAUUGUGAUAAUGAUUCAUAUGCAUCUAAAAAUGAUGCUAAUCGAGCUAUUGGAAUGGAAAAAGUUGACCUCGAAGAUGAUGAUUCUCAAUAUGAAGAUGGGGAACUCAGAGAAUCUCUUUUGAAUACCUGGGGUGAAGAUGGCGCUGAGGAAGGGGAAUCAGAACGUGUGGAUUAUGGGUCUGACAAUGAAGAGAAUGAUAUGUUUGAAGCUGCUUCCAGUUUGCCGCCUGCUCCUCUCCAGGUUGAUUAUAUGGCUCGCAAAAAUGGAGGAUUAUCCAAUGGUAACUAUGAUGGAGCAUGGACUGGGAAGAAGAAUGCACAAUAUGCUGCUUCUCAACCCUUAUUGAAGUGCCCAUCCGAAGCAGAUGUUUGGAAUGUUGGAUUUGGGAAUCAGUGUAUUGGAAAUAUUGCAAAUAAAGCUCAGAGAACUCAAAGUAAGAAAUCAGGGAGGGAUGCGAGAGGGUCUCCAGAAUUUGGUGUAGGCCAUGAUAAGGUGAUUGGAGAUGGUAAGUUUCUUAAAGAAGGUGAUGAUACCAAGGAGUCAAGCCAUUCAGCAAGAAUGAAGUCUUCUGGAUGGGAUCAGUUGCCUGAAUGUUGUAGAAGUUCUAGAGAUGGCCUGAGGGAUGCUGGACUUCAUUCUGUUGGCCAAAAUCAUGUUGCUCCUUCUAUGGAUGCAUCUGGUGCUCGUGAAUCUUUGAGAAGGGUGGGAUCAUCACUGAAGAGAGACUUAUCAUCUCGAAUUGAGAGGCCAAAUUCCGCUGAUUGCUCACACAGAACGGAUAAGUCAUAUGUUAGGGCAAGCAGGUAUGAUGAUCGCAUUGGUUUAGAUUCAAAAGCUGAAAGGGAUACAGGUGCUCCUAGAUCAGUUGGAAGGGGUGGAUCAUCUCGGCAUGCUCGAGGCCGGGGCAGAGGCGACCAUUGGGCUGAUUCUUCCAACCGUUAUGGUCCCAGUCAUCAUGACAGAUCAGGUUGCUAUGGGCUGCCUAAUUUCACUCACCCUGGUUCAAGAAAUGCGGCUGCUGCUGUCGUGGCAAAGGUGGAGAGUAGUGGCUUUGUUGUUGCACCUGAUGGCACAAUUGUUAGAGCUGGUGGUGUGGGAUCUGCCAGUCAGCUACCCAGACGAUCAGCAAAUGCUCCAUUGCGAAGUACACAUCAUUCUCUAUCAAGAAGGGGAUCACCAAUUGAGAGAGACAGAGCAUGUGGUAUGCAGAGAAGACUUGGACAUUCAAGAGAGAGCCCUGAUAGACAUGCUGGUAUUGAUUGGGGUCAUGUUGGCAGAUAUGGUCCGGAAAUGGCCAGGGAGCGGUAUCGCAGGCCUGUGUCUGAUGACUGCAUGGAUUCAUCAUUAUCAAUGCAGAAUUCAUUAUCAAGGAGAGAGAGAAGCUUUUCCCCACGUAGAGGGCCUGUUCAUCUAUCUCAGUCCUGUACCAGAUCUCCUUCAAGAUCCAGGACUCGCUCCCCCCAUAUGUGGACAGCACCCAGGGGAAGGAGUGAUGGGAUGAAUCGGGGGCCUGGUUCACGCAGGCGCAGUAGGUCUCCUCCAAAUUUCAAGACUGAAGCCAGAAUGGAGAGAAUGAGGGCACCCCGUAGGCAACCAGGCUUUGAGAAUCACAUGGUAGGCCAUGACCCAACAUCCAGAAACCAUGCCUCCCCACCUCAUUCUUCAAGAUGGGUUAAUGAUAGGAAAGAGUCACCAGAUCAUCUUAUAGAACAUGACUACAAGCAAUGUAGGGUCUUCUCACGAACUGAUAGGUAUGACCUACUGGAUUCCCCAGGAAGAUUGAAGCCGGAUGAGUGUUAUCGUUCCAUGUACUCUAGCAGGUUCCGUGGAUUUGUUGGUUUUGUUAGGGGAGCCAGGCAUGAUGAGAGUGGUGAAGAUGGAAGAGGACAUGGUGAGAGAUAUGGAAUGCUCCAUUCUGUAAGGCAGCAUGAUAUUGAUGGCAAUAUCAAGCAUUUGCGAUUUGAUGCUGAAGAUGGUUUUAGGGCUCAUGACCCUCCUCCGAAAUCCUCAGAGUUCCACCGACGAGGGAGCCCAAGGGGCUUUGACAGACACAUUGAGAGCCAACUUGAAGACUCGCCUCAAAGGGCUAAAGAAGAGAAAAGUCAUUUCAGAUAUGGCAGAAGUGGAAGGCCUACUUCCAGUUUCGAGUCAUAUGGAGUCCAAAGUCGUGAUGAUGACCGCACGACCCCACAGAGAAGGCCUUCAUGACUGCAAGUGCACUAAUUAUUCGAUCUGCUGCUUACAUGGGAUGCCAAGGAGAUGCUAAACCCAAUGAUAUUUUUUCUCUCAGAGGGAAAUGUGUCUUAGUCUGGCAGCAUACUGUAUUUCUAGUGCUUGUAAAAAUCUUACAUCAUCAGUAGAACUUCGGAAAAUUUUGUUUGGGUUUGAGGUUGUCUUUUCUGCCCUCCAUUUUCAUUAUAUAUUUUUAAUCUGGGUCCAUUUUGAGUCGGGUGUAAUCUUUGUAUGGGACCCAUUUGAACAUGAUCAGCCAAUGGAAUUUGAGCUUGCGCCUUUUGACAAUUGGCAUGCAUUGUUAACUUGGUUAAAGUUUAUGAAAAUUCUAAUUAUACUACAGAAA